AUGGCAGACCCCCUCUCGAUCGUCACGGGCGUUGGUGGGUUGCUUUCUCUCACCGGCCGGACCUCGUCGCCGCUCCACAAGCUUUACAGGGGGCUUAAGAAUGGACCCGAACUCAUUAUUGUGCUCUCGAACGAGGUAUAUGAUCUCAGUCUUGUUCUGGACCGAGUCGCCAGUGCCAAAGAUACCCUUGAGAGGCUCGAUCCGGUGGAGAACGCUGUUUUCAUUACCGCGCUCAGCACGCAGCUAGAAAAGGCCAAAGACGUUCUGGUGAAGCUGAGCGGCCUUGCCACUGUUCUCGCCAAACGAAAGCGAUCAACACAGAGAGUCAAGUGGACGUUGCACGAAUCCAAGGCCGCAGCUCUCAAGGAUGAAGUGCGCAAUGUUCGGGUUAGGAUCAACGAGAUAACCAUGUCGGCCCGUAUCGAGCUCGAGUUACGCACCGUGUCCACGAACGUGCUGGACAGCCAAGUCAUGACCAUUGCGCAAGAGGCGACUCGAAGUAUAAGGCAGCCAAUUAUCAUCCUGCGCGUGCAGCACAAUCAACAAGCUUGUAUACCUAUUUUAGCCUAA